UUAUGUAUGGGAUGGGAGGACGAUAUUGAGGAAAAAAGAAGAAGAUAUGGACUACUUUGCAAUUAAGAUGUAAAAUCGGGGCGAAAAGAUGAAAUUUUUCGCUUUUUCAAAUAGUAAUUGAGCAGGGAGUUGGAGGAAGAAGUUACGAAACGGAAGGAGCCACGGGUAAAGUCGUCGCGAGUCGUUGACACGGCCAGAGAUCAGUGAUGAGCAAUACGGCUGCAAGCUUUUCAACCGGUGCCGCGGCGGCCAAAUCUUUCGAUUUAUCCGCCGUUUCGAGCCCCAAGAGAUGGCUCCUCUCGGAGGAUCAGCUCCGCCACUGCUACGAAGCUCUCAAAGUUUUCAAAGGCAAGAGAUUUGGCUCCCCGCAAACGAUCCAUCAUGAGUUUCAGAUAUUAGAGGCAAGAAGAAUGGAAGCUUUGGAAAUGAGAAGUAGAUGCACUGUUGCGCUCAACAGCGUCCAUCAGCGCAAGAACCGUUACACUGAUGUCCUACCAUUUGACGAUAACAGGGUUAUUUUAAAGCAACAUAAGGAUUACAAACCUUCAGCAAUGGGAUAUAUCAAUGCAAGCUUUGUCAUGACUUCUGAAAGUGUUUCUCGGUUUAUUGCAACUCAAGGUCCACUGCCAAACACCUCAGAGGACUUCUGGGAAAUGGUACUUCAGUAUCAUUGUCCUGCCAUAAUUAUGCUCACCCGGUUGGUUGACGGUACCUACGCAGUGAAGUGUGGAGAUUACUUCCAAGCAGAGGAUGGCCCUAGAGAGUUCGGAAACAUAUGCAUCACUACCAAGUGGAUUCAAACAACAGAUACUUCAUUAAUUCUGCGAUGCUUAGAGGUGAAAAACAAGGAGUCAGAUGUGUCACCAUUAUCUGUUUUGCACAUUCAAUAUCCUGAAUGGCCGGAUCAUGGAGUUCCAAAAGACACUGUUGCUGUUCGUGAAAUCUUCAAAAGAGUAUCUGCUAUUCCACCCAGUCUUGGGCCAAUUGUUGUGCACUGCAGCAGUGCAGGUAUUGGUAGAACUGGAACAUACUGUUUGAUCCACAAUACUAUCCAAAGAGUUCUUAUUGGAGAUAUGACUGCUUUGGAUCUUGUUACCACCAUCACCACAUUUAGGUCACAACGAAUUGGAAUGGUUCAAACAAUGGAACAGUAUCUCUUUUGCUAUGAUGCAAUCGUUGAUGAACUUGAAGACCUCAUAUCAGUUAGCAACUCCCACGGUGGUUCGCAUUGAUAUUUUAGUCUUCCGUGCAGCAAAUCAGCCUCGUUUGCUUCUAUGGACUACAUAUUUAUUCCUUCACCUUCCUACUGGUUCUAGGCUAAAUCAAUAACUUUACAUUGGCCAUAGGUAUUACAGAAAAAUGGGUCCAUUCUAUACCUUAUUUGACUCAAAUCUGAAAAACCUUCACUCCGUGCAUUGUAUACGAACUUUUAUUCUUCUUGAAACUGACCAACCAUGGUACCUCGUGCCAAGCAACUCAUGAAUCUUUGGUUAUUAAGGUUUGUUGUACGGAGAACAAUACUGGAUGUCUGCGCAAAAUUGUUUGCAGUGUUUGCAAAGCAUUCUCUAAAAGAUUGUUUAUGUGCUGGAAA